AUAUGAAAACCAACCGGCCCACCUGAUCCUACCCACGUCUGUCGUUUGUCUCCCCUUCCCUUUCCAGAAUUCGCCUUCUCCAAUAAAUCAUUCCGCUGUUUGGAUUAGUCACUGGCUGUUCAUUCUCUCUCUUCUUUAUCAUUCUUAUUAUUGAGGGAAAGAAAAAAAAGGCUGAUUACAGUGACGUGCGUUCUAAUUUUCCCGGAAAAGAAAGGAAAGGAAGAGAAAAGAAAAGAAGUUGUUCUUAGCUUUAUCUGCGAUUCGGAAGCGAUCCGAACACUCACUAGUUCAGCUACCGUCCCGCAAAUUCCUGGUUUUCCCUGGUUUUUGGCUUUUACUUUUGCUGAUUCUCUGGCCGAAAGGAAAAUUUGCGUAAACGUGGAGUAGAAAUUUCGUUCCCUUGUUCCCACUUUUGGAGUUUGGAGGAGUAUAAAUGGCGACACUAGGAGAUAUAGGAGUUUCGGCGGCGAUCAAUAUUUUCACCGCAUUCAUAUUCCUCUUAGCAUUUGCGGUCCUGAGGCUUCAGCCUUUCAACGACAGAGUCUACUUUCCGAAAUGGUAUCUCAAGGGCUUAAGAAACAGCCCUUCGCGCUCCGGUGCGUUUGUACGGAGGUUUGUGAAUUUGGACUCCCGGUCGUACGUAAGGUUCUUGAAUUGGAUGCCGGCCGCGCUGAAGAUGCCCGAACCGGAGCUUAUCGAUCACGCCGGACUCGAUUCCGCUGUUUACUUGCGGAUUUACUUGAUAGGACUUAAGAUCUUUGUUCCUAUAGCGCUUCUUGCAUGGGCUAUUUUGGUCCCUGUUAACUGGACUAGUGACCAUUUGAAGUUUCUCGAUCAGAACAAAAAUGGAACUUCUAGUGACAUUGAUAAGCUCUCGAUUUCGAAUGUCAAGGAUGGAUCGCCCAGAUUGUGGACUCAUAUAGUAAUGGCUUAUGCCUUCACCUUCUGGACAUGUUAUGUGUUGUAUAAGGAGUAUGGGAAAGUAGCCGCACUGCGGUUGCAAUUUCUUGCAUCACAAAAACGCCGUCCGGAUCAAUUCACAGUACUCGUUAGAAAUGUUCCGCCAGACCCGGACGAAUCUGUGAGUGAGAAUGUGGAGCAUUUUUUUCUGGUCAAUCAUCCGGAUCACUAUCUUACGCAUCAGGUAGUAUACAAUGCAAACAGACUUGCGAAAUUGGUUAAGAAGAAGAAAAAGAUGAUCAAUUGGCUUACCUAUUACAAUAAUAAGUUUUCUAGAGAUAAUUCCAAGAGGCCCGUGAUGAAGACUGGUUGUCUCGGGCUUUGGGGAAAGAGACUGGAUGCAAUUGAUCAUUACACGUCUGAAAUCGAUAAACUUUCAAAAGAAAUAGCAGAAGAAAGGGAAAAAGUUGUGAGUGAUCCUAAGUCUGUCAUACCAGCAGCAUUUGUUUCCUUUAAAAGUCGAUGGGGUGCUGCUGUUUGUGCACAAACUCAGCAAACUAGAAAUCCAACCAUUUGGUUGACUGAGUGGGCUCCAGAGCCGCGCGAUGUAUACUGGGCCAAUCUUGCAAUCCCUUAUGUUUCGCUUUCAGUCCGGAGGCUAAUCAUGGCUGUGGCGUUCUUUUUCCUCACGUUCUUUUUCAUGAUUCCAAUUGCAUUCGUACAGUCCCUUGCAAAUAUCGAGGGAAUUGAGAAAGCAGCACCAUUUCUAAAAGGCUUUAUAGAACUCAAAUUUAUCAAGUCAGUCGUCCAAGGUUUUCUACCUGGGAUUGUGUUGAAGUUAUUUCUCAUCUUCUUGCCAACAAUAUUGAUGAUAAUGUCUAAAUUUGAAGGCUUUGGAUCUAUAUCUUCUCUUGAAAGAAGAGCAGCAUCUAGAUAUUAUCUCUUCAAUUUUGUGAAUGUAUUUCUUGGUAGCAUUAUUACCGGGUCGGCGCUUGAUCAGUUGAAUUCUUUCAUCCACCAAUCAGCAAGCAAGAUUCCUGAAACAAUUGGGGUGGCAGUCCCAUUGAAAGCAACCUUCUUCAUAACUUACAUAAUGGUUGAUGGAUGGGCUGGUAUAGCUGGAGAGAUUCUAAUGCUGAAACCACUGAUUAUAUAUCACUUGAAGAACUUUUUCUUGGUGAAGACUGAAAAGGAUAGGGAGGAGGCAAUGGAUCCAGGAAGUCUUGGAUUCAAUACCGGAGAACCUCGUAUACAGUUGUAUUUCUUACUAGGCCUUGUGUAUGCUGCAAUGAAUCCAGUCAUACUUCCAUUCAUAAUAGUCUUCUUUGGUUUCGCGUAUCUUGUGUUCCGCCAUCAGAUCAUAAACGUAUAUAACCAGGAAUAUGAGAGCGGCGCAGCAUUCUGGCCUGAUGUCCAUUUGCGUAUCAUAAUUGCAUUGAUUACUUCACAAGUAGCCCUGCUGGGAUUGUUGGGCACUAAAGAGAAUGCUCAAUCAACCCCAGUUCUGAUUGUUCUUCCUGUCCUCACUAUAUGGUUCUUCAGGUUCUGCAAAGGCCGUUAUGAAUCUGCAUUUGUUAAAUAUCCAUUGCAGGAAGCGAUGAUGAAAGACACGCUGGAACGUGCAAGGGAGCCACACCUGAACUUGAAAGGCUACCUCCAAGUAGCAUAUAUUCAUCCGAUUUUCAAAGAGAGCGAGGAUGAGGAUGACGAUGUGGUGUCGGAGAAAUGGGAUACCGAGAGUACAUUGGUGCCUACAAAGCGCCAGUCGCGGAGGAACACACCAUUGCCUAGCAAAAUCAGUGGUGGUUCCUCUCCUUCCAUGCCUGAGGUUAUCGAAGAACAUCGACAGCUAAGUAAGAACGUCGACAGCUAAGUUCAUGAUGGAAAGACGCAGACUCAAAACUAGCAGCUGUACAUUUGACCAUUGCAUUAUUAUGAUUAUACUUUCGGAUGAGGAUGGCAGUGUAAACUAAAUUUGCAGGAUAUUACAAUGUAUAGAGAUUGAGCGGAAAGAACUAUCAAUCGAUUAACAAUACAGUGACUAGAGGCUCAAAUAGGGUAGUUUUUUUUCCCCUAAUAUUGUUUCUUGUUUUUCAUUUUGGUUUCCUUGUAUGAUUCCAAAUUGGUCUGUAUAUUUCUUUUUAGUCAGUUUCACGUGAUGUUCUAUCGACUCAUUUGGGUUU